AUGGGCAAGUCACAAAGCAAACUCUCGCCAGAGCAGCUCGCCGAUCUCCAGAAACACACAUACUUCGAUAAGCGAGAGCUCCAGCAGUGGUACAAAGGCUUUCUCAAGGACUGCCCCUCCGGCCAGCUCGACAAAACCGAGUUCGGCCGAAUAUACAAACAGUUCUUCCCCUUCGGCGACCCAGGCGAGUUCGCCGAUUAUGUCUUCAACGUCUUCGACGAGAACAAGAACGGCACCAUCGAUUUCAAGGAGUUCAUCUGUGCCCUCAGCGUCACCAGCCGUGGCCGGUUAGACGAGAAGCUGAAAUGGGCUUUCCAGCUCUAUGAUAUCGACGGCGAUGGCUUCAUUACCUAUCAGGAGAUGCUCCAGAUAGUGCAGUCAAUAUACAAGAUGACAGGUCAGAUGGUGAAGCUUCCCGUGGACGAGGACACGCCGGAGAAGCGUGUCGACAAGAUCUUCCGGAACAUGGACCGGGACAAGGACGCCAAGCUUACAUUUGACGAGUUCGUCGAGGGAAGCAAGCAAGAUCCGACCAUUGUCCAGGCUCUAUCCUUGUACGACGGACUGGUAUAG